CUUCUGCGCUACUAUAUGGAAAAACCCGGGCUAUAAAUAGAAUUUGCCGUUCGUCACUUCCUGAUUUGGAACAGAAAGGCUUUUGCUGCUGGGUUUUUUAAUCUCACGUACAGUAUAGUUGAAAAUCACUGUCGGUGAAAAGAGAUCCUAAAUUUAAAUGACAUAUGUUUGGUCAUUUAAGCCUGAAGGCGAAAAGGAAAACCCUCCCUUGUCAAUUGUACAUGGGUAGUUGCAGAUAAUUACAUAUACAUGGCUGUGUGAAGAUAGAUGGAGCUGAUGCAACCUGCUUUAAUUUGAAAGUAAACUUAGCAUAAUAAUGGAGGAUAAAAACCAUGAAUCAGGUGUUCCAUGUGAAGAAGUUGUCAAAGAGGUUGAACAGCCUAAGCAGGAUGAGGAUCAGAACAGAGCUGGAGCUGCUGCAGCUGCUUCAGAAGAUGUUGAAAGUGAAUUUUUAUCUGAGCCAGUCCCUGCUGUGGAUCAAAAUGGUCCUUGUGAGCAUGUCUGUACACUUGCUAGCAGUCUAAGCAGCUCUCAAAGGUCCUCAGUGCUGUCACAAAGUUCCUUCACCACUGACUAUGAGCAUAACUUUUAUUGUUUGGAAAAUGAAGACUUUUGGACUAGUAUGCCAGGAGGAAGUUUUGAAAGAAAGAAAUGGGGCAGUUUCUUAAAACACCUUGGAGAAAUCUUCAAUGAGGACACAUUGGCAACAGAGGAAAGAAACAACACAACUCUUAAAGUUCUGAAAAGAAUUCUUCAGCUGGAAGAUAGUGCAGAGGACAGUGAUGAGAUCAAGGUUGAAGCUUUCAUAAGGUUUGUUGGAUGGUUUGGACCCAUGAAAGCAGAAGACAAGAAAUGUAUUGCUCUGAGAGAGGUCAAUAUUCUCCAUAAAGGUUCCACAAUUGGAACAGAGGAGGGGAAAAGAAAAAGCUGGUUUGCUGGAUAUUUAGAUAGACCCAAAGCAGAGGAAUAUUUAAUAAAUGAAAAAGUUGGGACAUACCUUGUGCGGUGAGUUAUCGUAAUAACCAUUUUUUUUUGUUCAUUUUCACCAAUAAGAAAACGGGGUCUGGAACCAACGUGUAAGGCCAAGACGUAUUUAUGUUUCUUGAGACUCACUACAGUCUGUGUGAUCUCCACCAUUAUUUGUACUAUCUAGGUAUUGAUUUCACUGGCCCACUUCUAUCUGCUGACUGCGUAUAUUUUCUGUUGUACUUCUGACUUCUUAUGUGAAGAUACAGGACUCUAAUGAUAGUAUAUUACACAGGGGUGGAUUUAGGCCAUCUUCUGGGUCUUCCAGAAGACGGUCAGAUUUUUUAGUUUACAAUGACAGGUACUGGCAGCCAAAAGGGCAAAAAUUUAUGUCGUUGAUUCAGUUAUGUUUCGUCGAUACACUGCCUUCCCAUCGAUUCAGUUCCAAGUUUAAACGACCCUAUCAUAAAUUCAGCAUCUAUUUUCGUCAAUUCAGUUGUCAGUUGUCAAACAUUUCUUGUCAAUGGUGUUUUAAAACCAAUACUGUCACUAUUUUCAUCGAUCGUGUAACUAUUCUCGUCGAUCGUCUAACUGUUCUAGUCGAUCCUGUAACAUCACUUCAUCAUUCAUUGAUCGAUCGCCAGGGGGCACUAAGUAUACAUAUAUACUAGUACACAAGGACAAAAACAUUACAGUGAUUCUGAAAGCAAGUCAGAGAUAUUGAAGACAAUUUACAGAAUUAAGCCAUAUUACUAGAGACCUUUCACUAAAUUAAACCAAGACUGAUGUAAACGUUAACUAGAAGAUGAACUCCCAUGGGCCUGAGGCCUUCUGCUUUUACUUUCAUGGGUGUUACCUGUUGUGCAUAAUUAAAAUUUG